AUGGUCUCCUCAUUUGCUCACACUGACCAUUGGUUGAAACCACCCCCAAGAUUUGUUAAGCUCAAUGUUGACGGCGCGUGUCCGCCUGAUGACCGCCUCCCGACUAUAUCAACGCUUAUUCAUGACCAUGAUGGCUUUGUUUUGGCUGGAAGGGCGAGAAGCAUCGGAUGUCCCCGUGUUUCUAAUUGUGUGGAAGCGCAUGCCUUGUGUUAUGGUUUUCAAUUAGUAAUUGAGUCGGGGUAUUCUCGAAAGCUAAUUGAGAGUGAUUCCUCUUCGGUCAUUACUCAAUUUCAGCAGCACAGUUUCGAUAUGUCAGUUCUCCAAUUCAUCCUCCCCGACGCCCAUCAAAUUCUGGUUUCACAUUCGGAUUAUAUGCUCAGAUCCAUUCGCCAUAAUGCAAAUAAGGCUGAUCAUACUUUAGCCAACUUCGCAUCUAGUUCGGCUACUGCAAUUUCUUUUAUGCAUGAUUAUCUAUCAUAUUUAUCUAUUGUCAUUGUUAAUGAGUUUGGGCACUCUUUUCCCCUCAUAGGUUUUAAGAGGUUUUUUAACGAGGUAAUCGGUCACUAA